CCGGGGCUCCUCGAUCCUGGCUGGGAAGAGGAACGACAACAACAAAAAAAAGUUUUCCAUGCUGGGAUGGAGGCGCUUGAGGGCUGAGCCUUGUGGACAGUCUGCUGGGGGAACUUGAAGAGAGAGAGAGAGAGAGAGAGAGAGAGAGAGAGAGAGCAGGGGGAGGAAGAGGAGGAGGAGGAAGAGUAAAAGGGUGAAGAUAUAACAAGAGCGUCUGUCGAUGUGCGCUACAUUUCUCAAUAGAGCUGCAAAGUGACGCUUGGCUGCCAUUCAUUUAAUAGUUGCCGUCCCCAAACUCUCCACUUUUGAGACUUUUUUGUUUUCGUUUUGUUUUUUUUGUUUUUUAUGUAUUUCUUUUUCUUUGAAGAAGUGACAGUUCUGCCCGGUGAACGCGCGCGCCUGUGGGAUUCGGAGCCGAAACGGGCGGAGUUGUCCAAUGCAAAACUACAUGUAUGAGAAAGCCAUGGCCCAAGAGACAAGGAACGGGGGAAGCUCCACGUUAAACAACAACAACAACGGUGUCGACAACACCAAGAGGAAGCUUCUUGUUGCACUGGACAUCUUGUGUCUUCUACUUGCUAGCCUGCCUUUCCUGAUCAUUGAGACUAGCACCAUAAAGCCGUACCAGCGCGGGUUUUACUGUUCGGACGAGUCCAUCCGCUACCCCCAAAAAGAGGGCGACACCAUUAGCGAUGCCAUGCUUUGUGGUGUUGGCAUUCUUAUUGCCAUCAUCUCUAUCGUGAUCGGAGAAUCCUACAGGAUUCACCAGCUGCACGAGGGGACUAAGUCCUUCGUGGGGAACCCUUACGUGGCAGCAUUCUACAAACAGAUAGGCGUGUUUAUCUUCGGCUGCGCCAUCAGCCAGUCGUUCACAGACAUUGCCAAGGUGUCGGUAGGCCGCCUGAGGCCGCACUUCCUAGACGUGUGCAAGCCGGACUUCAUCGCCAUCAACUGCUCGUUGGGCUACAUCACCGAGUACACCUGCAGCGGCAAGCAGAGUGAUGUGCAAGAGGCUAGGAAGUCUUUCUUCUCUGGACACGCUUCUUUCUCCAUGUUCUCCAUGCUCUACCUGGCGUUCUAUCUCCAGUCCCGGUUCACUUGGCGCGGCGCCCGUCUCCUGCGCCCCCUGCUGCAGUUCACCCUGCUGAUGAUGGCGUUCUACACUGGCCUGUCGCGCGUCUCCGACCACAAGCACCACCCCACCGAUGUGCUGGCAGGCUUCGUGCAGGGAGCCCUGGUGGCCUACUGCAUAGUGUACUACGUGUCGGACCUGUUCAAGCACGGGCUGAAGCCGGCCACGCCUCCUCCUUCGCCCAUCAAGAAGGAGCUGCUGCCCUCGUCCGACAUCAUCGAGAGGAACAACCACCACAACAUGGUGUGAGGAAGACCACCGCGCCUCCUCUUCCUCGUCCUCCCGCGACCAACGUCGCCGCUCAACCACCCCCUCAUCGGACAGUAGAAUGUAGCUAAAGGGCAAACUCAAGAACCCCACCUCCGACCCCACGCAAUCUGCGAGGAGCCCCAUCCUGGAUGGGGGUGGCGGGUGCGGGGGUGGGGUUGGGGGUUUUUACUACCAGAUCGGAGAAAAACAAUUUGAAAAAUGACAGGCGGAGCUUGAAAGAGGUGAUAAAACAACAACAUAACGAAAAUGAAGAGACAAAAACAAACUUCCUGCAGAAGGGAGAGAAGGAAUUCUAGCGAUGUUUACUCUCUGAAGUGUCUGUGGCCUUGGAGCGGCAGCAGCAACAACUUCCUCAGCGACAGGAAGGAUGAAAAAAUGUAAUUUAAAGCACUGUUUUUCUUUUCUUUUUCUUGUUUUUUGUAAAAGUUCAUCACCACUCGCUGCCUGGCGCGUCAAAGCGGAAACCCGACGAUGUCACGGCGGCCUCGCUCGUCGGGCUUUCUACUGAGCGCGCUCAGUGCGGCCUAAAGCCCGGGAUGUUGCAUUUACUUUAGAUUUAGGUCAAAUCGGGGCGGGUGGGUGGGUUUUAUGCGGGUGGGUGGCCCCCUCCCCGGCACCUACUGCACACUACCACAAAAACUUUCAGCUCUAGUGACAUUUCGGGAUGAACCGAAUAGGCACUACAUCCUUUAUUUGACCUUCGCUAAACUUUUGAAUAACCUCUUGUACAACCUCUUGUUCUCUAACAAGGAACCGAACGGAAAAAUUGAGGUGUUUGAUCCAUUUUUUUUUUUUAAGAAAACAAAAGAGUUGGACGUUCAAAAGUUCAAGAAGGUCAAAUUAAAUUAACCUGUCAAGGUUAUCGUGCAUUUGAGGUUCCUCCUGAAUUCCCACCCAAGCUGAAUAUCCCUAACAUUUGUGGAUGUGCCUUGCGAACUCCCUCUAUUGCUGGGGGAGGGGGAGUGGGGCGUUCUGAUUGGCUUCCAAAGCAGGAAGAAUUCAAAGGGGGCGGGGUCAGGAUGAUUGACAGCCAAUUUGGCACAUCACGUGUGGGAUGGUUGGGGCUCUUUCUGCUGGCCGGGAGGGGCUCAGACACACCCCAGUCAAUCAUUGGCAAUGUAUGCGUGUGUGUAUGUGUUUGUGUGUUUGUGUGUGUGUGUGUGUGUGUGUGUGUGUGUGCAUGCGUGUGUCGUGGUUCUAAAAAAAAAACUGUGGAUGUCCUAUGUUUAACUGUCUCCCUUUACAAUCCUCACACACACACGGUUGCACAUCUUCAUCACCGUUACAGUCCGUCCGAUCGCCUCUCCAAGCUGUUUUCUCUUCUUCUUUUUCAUAUCUAUAAAAAUAUAUAAAUAAUGUAUAGAUCACUAAAAGUAACUGUGUACAUGUUUUAGAUAUAUCCACUAUAAUUACAGACCUGUGUUCUUUGUAAAAUGCUGCUUGAAAAGCAAGAGCGGACAGACGUUUUUUUUUUGUUUUUUUUUGUAUCAAGUCAACCUAUUGUAGAUUGUCAUAGUAACGUUUUGUAAUAUGCACUCAGUCAAUACACCCGCAGUUUCUAUUCAAACCCAUAUUAGUAUUUUUGUAUUGUCUCUUUUGUACAAAAGAAAUAGUGGCAAUGUUGUUGUUGUUGUUUUUCUGCAAAAUGUACCUUGCGCUACUACAUGUGCUUUGAAAUAAAAAGCUCAUUAUGAACACA